UAACAGUUUUUGUUGGAACUAUAUCUUCAGAAUUACAGUUUACUUACCACAGUAUAAUCAGUAGGCUAAUUGUUGUUUCUAAAUCUCUUUACUCUGUCAUAGUAUUUGUAUCUAGAGGGAAAUGAAAUAUCUACUCUUCCGGGCACAUUGUUUAUUAAUUUGUCAAAUCUAGUAUGGUUGGAUCUAAGAAACAACAAAAUCAUACAACUUCCCACAGACAUUGGCAUGCACAGGUGUUUGAGAACGUUACUAUUGGAAGGAAAUCCGGUCACUGAGCUUCCACUGGAGCUGGGAAAUGUUGUAACUCUCAAAGCCCUGAACCUCAGACACUGUCCCAUCUCAUUCCCACCUCCGGAGGUUGUACAGCAGGGCAUUACAGCAAUCCUACCAUUCUUACGGCGAGUUAUGGCAAAGCGACCUGUUGGUAUUUGUAACUCAGUUUUAGAAUUACGCCCUUUGGAUCAACUGCAGUUGCCAGUAGGGGUGCAGUCAAAUCUGGAGCUUACCAAGGAGUUACCAGAUCAGGAUGAGCUAUUACAAUUUAAGGAACUGAAGCAGGUGAUGAUCCAAAUGGAAAAAGCUGAUUAUCCUGGUAUCCUGACGUGUCCUCCCAAAACAGCAGAGGGGGACAGAGUUCACAAAGCCUAUACUUUGGCCACCAUUAAAAGGAAAAAAGAAUUUCGCAGUGUCAAUGGCAGCAUGUUUCCGGGAUUUCCACAGUUUGAACUGCAAAAUUGGAAGCAGUCAGAUGAAAGGCGCGAUGCUGUCAUGAGAGAGCUUAAAGAAAAACAAAUAACCUUGGAGCAAAGACGCAGAGACCAGGAGAUUCUUUGUGAAUGGCGGGAACAAGUCAAAACUUUGCAGGAGAGGAAGCUCCUCAAACACAAACAGGACAGAAGGGAGAGGCACAAGCAAGAUGAGCAGGUGCUCAUCACAACCGGCAUUACAGAUACUGUGUACAGUGAGGGUGACAAUGGAGAGAUCAUAUCCUCAACUGCUUCUUUGAGGAGACAGAGAUGCCUCGUGUCCAGAAUAGAGAUGGAAGAGAAAAGAGCUGCACGAGACCAUGAACUGGAGCAGCGUAUCAGGGGUCACAUGCAAGAGAUGCAAAAGACACGACAGAGGUCCAGUGGCAUAGCCAGAGGGGAGGUUCAAGCCAUCAGGCAGGAGGUGAAACAGUUGAAGACUGAGCUUGAAGAGGAAAAGGAACCAGAACAAGACCUGGAAUAUCGAUUUACUGCCUUCACCGGAGAAAAUUAAUUGAAUGUUGCAGCUGUUAGGUGGUGACAACACUUAAAUUAUCUUAUUCUUUAAAUUGAUGCAAAAUAAACUUGUGAUUCAUUCGGAACAUGG